AGCUAUUAACUAAGGUGGUUGUAUUCCUUUGUCCUCUUGGAUUUUGGUUUCCCAUUUAAAUUAGGAUUUUGAACUACUGCAAAACCUCCAUCUAUCUAUAUGUAUAUAUAUAUAUAUCUUUGAUUUUUCUUGUACUAUAAUUCAUACCUAGCUUGUCCUGGUUUUUCUAUGGCGCUCCAUAUAGAAGAUUACGAAAUAAAUUGCGAUGUCAUUCCCCUUCACCACAUUGUUGAACCACAGAAUGCUUCCUUCUCAAGUAAUAUGUUCUCCAUCACGGUCAACGCCACCUUCAUGCCUCAUUUUGAUUCAGCAAUGGUGGAAGAAGAAGAUGAUUAUGAUGAAUCAAAUUUAAUUCUUCUUUGCGCCGAAUCGGAAUGGGACACUACGCAACGCACAUUCCUAGUUGAACGUGACCGUUUCUUGCAACCAGAAACAUCCAGGUCUACUGUUCGUCAAAUUCUUCUUGAUAUGAAUGUUCCUAUUCAGGAAUUCUUGAUAGAACAGAUUGUCGAUGACGUUCGUCAAUUUGGAAGUGACCAUGAUGAAAACAAUGUGAGUCCACAUAAGGUUCUGCAUCUGGAAGUUAACAUCGAAGUUCCACCAAUAAUCUUUGAGGUUGCGAGUGAUGAUGAUCCCGCAGAUUCAAGCCUGCUAGUGCCUGCAACUAAAUCAUCCAUUGAAGCUUUGGAGAUUGUGAAAGUUGACGGACCUAGGAAUCAACAGUGCACGAUUUGUUUAGAGGAGAUUUUGAUUGGUUCAGAAGCAGUUCGCAUGCCAUGUUCACAUCUUUAUCAUCAUCGUUGCAUCUGUACUUGGCUAGAAAGGAGUAGAGUUUGUCCAUUGUGUAGGUUUGAGAUUGCUUAAUUAGUAUUUAACUAUCAACGAGAAUUUCAUCUUUUCUGGGUUCUUUCAAUAUGGGGAGAAAUAAUUAGGUAAACUGAGUCUUGUAAGUUAGUUGUAAUAGUUUUUAUGGUUUCAAUGUUCCACAGUAGAGCAAUUUAUUCUUACUUAUAAAUACCCCUUGUUUAUACAAUUUAG